AUGUCCUCGGCCAAUCUAGGUGGCCCGACCCAAGAGGAUGGCGCACGCAGGGUGUCACGAGUGCGCUCCCCCAUGUUAGCGCUCUCCCUCACGCCAGUGGACCAGGAGCUACUGAGAUCGCGGCUCGUAUCCGCGGGACCUAGUGUCCUUCGUCGUGAUCCCGACGCCUUGGUGUUCACACCUCACACCUUUAGACAGCAGAGACAGCAUCACCCGGCUCUGAAGCCACACCAAAAGCAGCCAGAGAACAUCGAUGAGAAAAAUCGUGAGAGGUUGAUCAGUACUGGACAGAAGCCUCCUACAGGAAGGACAGACCCCGGUUCCUCCUCUUUUCACCUCCCUCAGAUUCCGGACCAUCUCAAAGAAAGACAGGUUCAGCUCACUCAGAGCUACACUUCUUCUGCCAAAAAGCCGAGGAGAUCUUUGAAAAGCCGUGAUGCCACUCCGAGCCUUUUAACCUAUACCCCGUCUCCACCCAUCUCCAGUCCACCUCACUUCAGCUCUGUAGAGGAAGUGAUCCGCGCUGGACCUCACUCUCCCUGCGAGAUCGUACAGAUCAUUAGGAACAACCCUCACCUCGGCAUGUUCUACCUGAUGCCAGGGGCUUCCAACGCACCCUUCGACCUGGAGAUCGUACUAUACGAAGCCACCAACAAGUCGAAUUACUACACCAUCGGCGCGGACAGCAUGACGCACUACAAUAUUGACGGCGUGACUUUCACGUCGCUGGAGCGCUGGGAGCAGGAGUACCUUUACCAUCGAUGUCUCUUGCGCAUCCCGACCUUCGCCCUCUUCCGCAAAAGAAAAACUUUUCAUAUGUGGCGUGCCAAUGUGCGUGCCAAAAUCAUCAAAGCGCGCAAACGUGCCCUGAAAGAGAGACUGUUCAUCAUGAAUGAGUCUCUGAGACUAGCAUUGAUCAACAUCAGGGAGCUGUGCUGUCGCGUCAGUGACAUGGUCCUGAGCAAAAUUGAAGCGCAGCGAAUGUACACACUCGAGGAGUUCAAAUCCACUCAGCACACUCAAGCCAGCGAGGUGUCCUCAAGACUGGGAGAAUUUCGAGAACUGGUAAAGGAGGUGGCCCUGACGGCGUGUUACACAACUCUGAUCGAGUCCGGGUACAGACCUGACUACGGCAAAGAUUAGAUUAUGGAUGACACAAAUCUGCAUACUGAAAAUGUGUAACCAUGUGUGUCAGGUGAUUUGGAGAGGUUGUACGAACCGACUCCAGACAAAACGAGCUACGUGAUGCAGCACAAUAAGAAAUUCCUCUGCAGUCGCCUCACAUGUUUCAUCCGCCUGGCUGAUUAUUUGGUUAUGAGCAGCCUGCACACGCUGGCCGUCAACUCCAUCAGCAAGUUGAUGAGCGCGCUCUUAGAACACAAGGCACACACCCCGUCACACACACUCAUACAGAGCUGGGCCAGUAAAGAGGACACACAUGACACAGAUGACACAAAUGACAAGGACAGUGUGUGGGAACAGAACGCUGAAGUUUCAGUGUCACCUAUGUUAAUCACAGAGCUGCUGAUGGACACGCGUGCUCUGGCCUUCCAGCCGUCCAUCAGGGACUUCCAGGAGAUUGUAGCAGGGAUAAUCUCCAGUUUCAAGGCGACAGUCCUGUUUUUGAAGCCUCUAGUGCUAGACUCUGACUUCGAUGCCUUCACACACCCCAUAAUUAAUAAUAAGAUCGAGGAGAAAAUAUGUGGCGAUGGUCCAGAUUUUGAGGCCACACUGGAAAAUGACCAGCACCUGCAGAGCAUCACCCGUAACAUCAAGAAUUCCAUUCAAGUUGCGUUUGAUGCCGCCGACGUAUAUGCCCACACCUUCAAGUCAAUCCACCUCUUCUAUCAAGAGAACGAAAGCCUGGACCUGGAAGCUCUUAAAGAACAGGACCACGAGUUGGCGUUUUUUCAUGAACGUCUGGAGAGGUAUAACAGCCAGCAAAAGGAAGUCCUGGCCAUUAAGGUGAAGAGACACCUGGGAAUCCUGCUGGUGGACACAGUUCAACUAAAGAGCCAACUAACACCAUCUGUAUCGCGCUGCCUCGAGACCAUUCAUAACAUGCUGCCGCUGCUGGCUAAGAAAAAAAUGGAUGCACUCAUCUCUGAGAUGCAAGACUCCUGCUUCAAAUUGGGGAUUGUUCCUACAGUUACGAUCGAAUACGUCAACUCGCUCACCUUCCUAGAGGAGAUCCAGGACCGGGUUGGAUUCCUGGACCAGGAGGUCGUAACGAUAAACCAGAUGUAUAAUCUGAUUGAAAGCUACUCCGUUCCCACUCCGCCGGAAGACCUUGCUGUUUUCAUGACACUUCAGCCAUCCAGAUCAUCUCUGACUGACCUCAUUGAGAAGGCGGUGGAAGACCGUGAAGCCACUGUGGCCAAGUUUUGCCAGCACCUGCAGAACGACAUCAGUGAACUCAGCAAUGAUGUGAAAAGGAUCAAACAAGAAGCAGAUAACAAGCUGAUUCUGGAUAUUAAUGCAAACCGGGCUGAAGUUCGUACAUUGUUGGGAAAAAUCCAGAACUCCCUAGAUGAGCUGCAAGACCAAGCCUUUCACUACAAAUCCUACCAGAAGAAAUUUCAGGUGGAGGUGACUAAGUAUGAGUCUUUGGAGGAGCUGAGUGCUGAAAUGAAGCUGAAACAUUUGCUGUGGGAUUCAUUAGAGGAUUGGGACAAGUUGCAGAACAGCUGGAUGCAGAGUAAAUUUAACGAGCUCAACCAUGAGCUCCUGACUGUCGAGGUGAACAAGUAUGGCAAGUACGUGCACCAGCUGGAGAAAGGGCUUCCACCCAAUAGUGUCCUGCCCCACCUCAAAGCUAACGUGGAUACCAUGAGGAAAAAGCUACCAGUGAUCACUGAUUUGCGUAACCCAUGUCUGAAAGAACGGCACUGGGGCAUGUUGGAGAGCAUCCUGGGGGUCAGCCUUGUGGAGAACCCACCCACUUGUGAUGCCUUGCAAGAACUCGGUGCUUUCAACUAUGCUGAGAAGAUCCAAGAGGUUUCAGGCCAGGCGUCAGGAGAGGCGGCUCUGGAGACAGUGGUGAAAAAGGUGGAGGACUUGUGGAAGACUACAGAGUUUACGGUGCUGUUUCAUCGUGAACACAAAGACGUGUUUAUUCUUGGCGGCACAGAUGAUAUCCAGGUGUUGUUGGACGACAGCUCCAUCAAUAUCACCACAGUUGCAUCUUCACGUUAUGUUGGUCCCAUCGAGGCCAAAGUAGAGUUGUGGCAGCACCAGCUCUCCCUGUUCACCCAGACACUGGACGAGUGGUUGACAUGUCAGAGAAACUGGCUUUAUUUGGAGAGCAUCUUCACUGCUCCGGAUAUCCAGAGGCAGCUCCCUGCUGAGGCCAAGAUGUUCCUGCAGGUGGACAAAUCCUGGAAAGACAUCAUGAGGAAGGUGCACAGCUUUCCCAACGCACUGCGUGCUGGAACACAGCCAGGGCUUUUGGAGAUCUUCCAGAAAAAUAACGCUCUACUUGACCAGAUCCAGAAAUGUCUAGAGGCCUACCUGGAGUCAAAGAGAGCUGUUUUUCCCAGGUUCUACUUCCUGUCCAACGAUGAGCUGCUGGAGAUCCUGGCACAGACACGCAACCCUCAGGCCGUGCAGCCGCACCUCAGGAAGUGCUUCGACGCCAUCUCCAGGUUGGAGUUUGCCUUGCAGACACCCGAUGUUAUAGGCGAGGCUGACAACCCGUUCAACAACGAUAUCCUGGCCCUGAUCUCACCCGAAGGAGAGAAGGUGGCUCUAGGAAAAGGCCUUAAGGCUCGUGGGAAUGUAGAAGACUGGUUGGGGAAGGUGGAGGAAGCCAUGUUCAACUCACUCAGAUGCCUGAGCAGGGACGCUAUUGUUGACUACCAGAGCAAACCACGGGAGGAGUGGGUGGUGGCCGGACAUCCUUCACAAGUGGUGCUGACCAUCUCCCAGCUGAUGUGGUGCAGAGACAUGGAAAACUGUCUGGAGGGAAACCACAACCACUUCGAGGCCGUCCAGCAGUUUGAGCUCACAAACUUUGAGCGGCUGAAUGCGUUGGCUGCCCUGGUGCGGGGUAACUUACCCAAAAUCCAUCGGAACAUUAUCACGGCUCUUAUUACUGUGGACGUCCAUGCCAAAGAUAUUGUCACUGAGCUCAUCAAAAACAAGGUGGACUCGAGAAGUAACUUUGAGUGGCAGAAGCAGCUCCGCUACUACUGGGAUGCGGAUCUGGAUAACUGCGUGGCCAAAAUGGCUCUAUCUCGGUACAUCUACGGAUACGAGUACCUGGGAGCCUGCCCGCGUCUGGUCAUCACCCCGUUAACAGACCGUUGCUACCUUUGUCUAAUGGGGGCGCUACAGCUGGACCUGGGCGGCGCUCCAGCAGGUCCUGCUGGUACUGGAAAAACCGAGACCACUAAAGACCUGGCCAAAGCCCUGGCCAUCCAGUGUGUGGUCUUUAACUGUUCUGAUGGACUCGAUUACAAGAUGAUGGGCACAUUCUUCAGUGGUCUAGCUCAAUCUGGAGCCUGGUGUUGUUUUGACGAGUUCAACCGUAUCAACAUCGAGGUGCUGUCCGUCAUCGCCCAACAGCUGAUCACUAUCAAAAACGCAAAGGCCAACAAGCUGUCUUGGUUCAUGUUUGAAGGGAGGGAGAUUAAGCUGGUGAUGACAUGCGCCGCCUUCAUCACGAUGAACCCAGGCUACGCAGGCAGGACUGAGCUCCCAGACAAUCUGAAGGCCCUCUUCAGACCCAUCGCUAUGAUGGUGCCCAACUACGCCCUCAUCGCUGAGGUGAUCUUGUACUCUGAGGGCUUCGAGUCCAGUAGAACUCUGGCAAGGAAGAUGACUCAGAUGUAUAAACUGUGUAGCGAGCAGCUUUCCCAGCAGGACCACUACGACUUUGGCAUGAGAGCUGUCAAAUCCGUUCUCGUCAUGGCCGGGUCUCUGAAGCGAGAGAACCCACACCUGAGUGAAGAAGUGGUGUUGAUUAGAGCACUACGCGACUCCAACCUGCCCAAGUUCCUCAAGGACGAUGCAGAGCUUUUUGGUGGUAUUUUGUCGGACCUCUUUCCUGGAGUGAGUAUCCCUGAGCAUGAUUACGGAGUGCUACAGUUGAGUAUCGAGGCGGCCCUACGUGCCCGCUCGCUGCAGCCCAUCUCCAGCAUGACUGGCAAGGUGAUCCAGCUGUAUGAGACGAUGCUGGUGCGCCACGGCGUCAUGCUGGUGGGCCCUACAGGAGGAGGUAAGACCACAGUGUACUGCACCCUCGCCGACGCACUGCUCGCCCUCCAUGAAGCCGAGGGCUGCGAGGCGAAUCCCUUCUACCAGCCCGUAACGACCUACGUGCUCAACCCGAAGUCAGUGAGCAUGGGCGAGCUGUACGGCGAAGUUAACCCCCUCACACUGGAGUGGAGGGACGGUUUGAUGGCGCUGUGCGUCCGCGCCGCCUCCAGCGACGCCAGCGACAUACACAAAUGGGUGGUGAGUGAUGGACCUGUGGACGCCCUGUGGAUCGAGAACAUGAACACUGUAUUGGAUGACAACAAGAUGUUGUGUCUGGCCAAUAGCGAAAGGAUCAAGCUCACACCUUCUAUACACAUGGUGUUCGAGGUUCAGGAUUUAGCCGUAGCCUCUCCAGCCACAGUCAGUCGCUGUGGAAUGGUGUUCAUCGACCCAGGGGAGCUGAAAUGGAUGCCGUAUGUGCAGACGUGGCUCACAGGCCUCUCGGACAAGAUGACGGAGCCCAUGAGAGCAUACCUGAUGGAGCUCUUCAAGUGCUAUGUCGAGAACGGUCUCCAGUUUGUGUCGAAGCACUGCAUCCAGGCCAUGGCUCAGGUGGACAUCAGCAAAGUCACCACCCUCUGCUGCCUCCUCGAGGCACAGCUGUUCAGCAAGGACACCCCCAAACUUCAAAUGGUACAUGUGCUCUGCCAGACCUUCGUGUUUUGCUACAUCUGGGCCAUAGGUGGGAAUCUGACGGACGGCUGCUGGGACAACUUCGACACUUUCGUCAGGCAGCAGUUCGAGGACAACGCUGACGCCAUGCUCCCGAGUGGAGGGGAACUAUGGAGUGUGUACAUGGACUUUGAAACUCAUCGCCUCGAGCCAUGGGAGAAGAUCAUUCCAAACUUCAGGUAUAACAAGGAGACUCGUUUCUUUGAGAUGUUGGUGCCGACUAUGGACACGGUGCGUUACGGAUACCUGAUGGAAAAACUGCUCUCUGUGGAACACUCCGUGCUUUUCACCGGCAUCACUGGAGUAGGAAAGUCUGUGGUGGCUCGUGGCUUGUUGAAUAACAUACAGGAGAAAGCAGGGUACGUCCCCAUCUACAUCAAUUUCUCUGCCCAGACGUCCUCAGCUAGAACGCAGGAGAUCAUCGAGUCCAAGCUGGAGAAGAAGAGGAAGAAUAUACUGGGUGCCCCUGCUAAUAAGCGGGUAGUAGUGUUCGUGGACGAUCUGAACAUGCCAAAGUUGGACAGUUACGGCUCACAGCCUCCAAUAGAGUUGCUGCGCCAGUUCCAGGACUUCCACGGAUUCUACGACCGUGACAAGUUCUUCUGGAAGGAGAUUCAGGAUGUGACUAUAGCGGCAGCAUGUGCGCCCCCCGGUGGAGGUCGUAACCCUGUGACUCCUCGUUUCAUUCGCCAUUUCAGCAUCCUGUGCCUCCCGACGCCCUCCGAGCAAAGCCUUAAGCAGAUUUUUAAGGCGAUCCUUUGUGGCUUCCUCACUGAUUUCCCAGUGGCAGUGAAAAACGCUGGAGACAGCAUAGUGGAUGCCGCAGUGGAGAUUUACCACCGCAUGAGCGUGGAUUUGCUUCCUACUCCAGCCAAAUCCCACUACGUGUUCAACCUCCGAGAUCUGUCCAAGUGUGUGCAGGGCAUGUUGCAGUGCGAACCUGGCACAGUGCAGGACAAGAACCAGAUCUUCCGUCUCUUCUGUCACGAGUGUCAGCGCGUGUUUCACGACCGGCUCAUCAACAACGAGGACAAGACCUACUUCAACACCAUGAUCUGCGAGAUAGCCAGUAAAUAUUUCAGCAUCGAUUUGGAGCCCAGUGAUCUUGCCAAGCAUCCUAUUAUUUUUGGAGAUUUCAUCAAGGUCGGAGCAGAGAAGGCUGACCGUGUCUACGAGGACCUGACAGACAUCGAGAAGCUCAAGACCGUUCUGCAGGACUACCUGGAUGACUACAAUAUGACCUACUCCAAGGAAACCAAGCUUGUAUUCUUCCAGGAUGCCAUCGAACAUGUCUCCAGAAUCGCCCGCAUGAUUCGACAAGAGCGUGGCAACGCCCUAUUAGUCGGUGUCGGCGGGACAGGGAAGCAAUCUCUCACGCAGUUGGCUGCUCACAUAUGCGGUUACCGCUGCUUCCAGAUUGAACUCAGCCGUGGCUAUAACUACGACAGUUUCCACGAUGAUCUGCGUAAACUGUACAAGAUGGCCGGCGUCGAGGGCCAGGACAUGGUUUUCCUCUUCACCGACACUCAGAUUGUAGUGGAGGAGUUCCUGGAGGACAUCAACAACAUGCUGAACUCUGGCGAGGUUCCCAACCUGUUCGAGAAGGACGAGCUGGAGCAGGUGUUGGCAGCGACGCGGCCCCGUGCCAAGCAGGCAGGCAUCGCUGAGGGCAACCGAGAUGAGGUCUUCCAGUUCUUCAUCUCUCGUGUACGGGAGAAGCUGCACAUCGUGUUGUGUAUGAGUCCAGUGGGUGAUGCCUUCCGCUCACGCUGCCGUAUGUUCCCCUCGCUCGUCAACUGCUGCACCAUCGACUGGUUUGUCCAGUGGCCACACGAGGCUCUCCUGUCGGUCUCUCAGACGUUUUUCAAGACUGUGGACUUUGGCAGCGAGGAAGUGAGGACCUCUUUGUCUCAGAUGUGUGUGGAUAUCCACAUGAGCGUGAUAGACAUGGCCGAGCGCUUCUAUUCGGAGCUCCGCCGCCGCUAUUACACCACGCCCACUUCUUAUCUGGAGCUCAUUAACCUUUACCUGGGCAUGCUGGGAAAUAAGAGGGAGCAGCUGGAGGCGGCUCGUGAUCGAGUGAAGAACGGUCUGACAAAGCUUUUGGAGACCAACGACCUGGUGGAUAAGAUGAAGGUGGAUUUGUCGGCCCUGGAGCCUGUGCUCAAACAGAAAGCCAUCGAUGUCAAUGCCCUCAUGGAGAAAAUCAGUGUGGACCAGGAGAAAGCUGACCAGGUGCGCAGAGUGGUGAAGGAGGACGAGUCCUUGGCAAAGGAGAAAGCCAACAAAACGCAGGCCAUUGCAGACGAAGCGCAGAAAGACCUGGACAGGGCUCUGCCCGCUCUGGAGGAGGCCAACAAGGCUCUGAACGCGCUGGACAAGGCCGACAUCUCCGAGAUCCGUGUGUUCACUAAACCGCCCGACCUUGUCAUGACCGUCAUGGAGGCAGUGUGUAUCCUGCUCAGCAGCAAGACAGACUGGGCGAGUGCCAAGCAAGUCCUCAGCGACUCCACCUUCCUGAAGAAGCUGACAAACUAUGACAAAGACAACAUCCAUCCACAGAUCCUUCAAAAGCUGCAGCGCUACAUCCAGAACCCUAAUUUUAUCCCCGAGAAGGUGGAGGCUGUGUCUAAAGCCUGCAAGUCCAUGUGCAUGUGGGUAAAAGCCAUGGACCUCUAUUCCCGCGUACUCAGAGAAGUCGGGCCUAAACGAGAGAAACUGGCCGCUGCCCAGGCAGAGCUCGAUGCUACUUCAGCAACUCUAAAGCAGAAGCAGGAGAAGCUGCAGGAGGUUGAGGAUCAGAUCGCACUUCUGCAGAAGCAGUUCAACUCCAGCAUAUCUGAGAAAGAGCUCCUGGUUGAAAACAUGGCUCUGACGAAGGCACGGCUGAAUCGUUCAGGGAAGCUGACUUCGGCGCUGGCUGAUGAACGCAUGCGCUGGCAGGACAGCAUCGCAUUGUUUGAGCAGGAGAUUAACAACCUGAUCGGGAACGUCUUCAUUGGAGCCGCCUGCGUGGCUUAUUACGGAGCUUUCACUUCCCACUAUAGACAACUGCUGAUAGAGCAGUGGAUCUCACGCUGUCAAGAGUUGGGGAUCCCCAUCAGCUCCAACUUCAGUCUGAUUGGAAUCCUGGGCAACCAGUACGAGAUUCGGGAAUGGAACGCCCAAGGUUUGCCCCGUGACAAUGUGUCCACCGAGAACGGCAUCUUGGUGACUCACGGACGCCGCUGGCCCCUCAUGAUCGACCCCCAAGAUCAGGCAAAUCGCUGGAUUCGCACCAAAGAGGCGACGAACCUCCUGAAGGUCAUCAAACUGACAGACGCCAGCUUCCUUCGCACUCUUGAGAACGCCAUCCGUCUGGGCAUGCCUGUCCUGCUGGAAGAGCUUAAAGAGACUCUGGACCCUGUUCUGGAGCCUAUACUGCUGAAGCAGACGUUCGUAUCCGGUGGCAGGACGCUGAUCCGUCUGGGAGAUACCGACAUCGACUAUGACAAAAACUUCCGAUUUUACAUGACCACCAAGAUGGCCAACCCUCACUACCUCCCUGAGGUUUGCAUCAAAGUGACUGUUAUCAACUUCACAGUAACUAAGUCAGGACUGGAAGAUCAACUCCUCAGUGACGUGGUGCGCCUGGAGCGGCCCGAGCUGGAGGAACAGAGGAACGAGCUGAUAGUCAACAUCAACGCCGACCGCAACCAGCUUAAAGCCAUCGAAGAGCGCAUCCUCAAGCUUCUCUUCACCUCAGAGGGCAACAUCCUCGAUAACGAGGAGCUGAUCAACACCCUGCAGGAGUCAAAGGUGACUUCAGAGGCUAUUAAAACCCGUCUGGAAGAAGCGGAAGCCACAGAGCUGAUGAUUAACACAGCCAGAGAGAAAUAUCGGCCUGUGGCCACGCGUGGCUCCGUCAUGUAUUUCGUCAUCUCCAGUCUUUCUGAGAUCGACCCCAUGUACCAGUUCUCCCUUAAGUACUUUAAACAGCUGUUUAACAGUACUAUCGAGACGUCGGAGAAGCACAGCGAGCUCAGCAAGCGCUUGCAAAUUCUGCUGGAUUCCACGCUGCUCAGCGCGUACACCAACAUCUCCCGAGGACUCUUCGAGCGUCACAAAACCAUCUACAGCUUCAUGCUGUGUGUGGAGAUCAUGAUGCAAAGGGAGGAAGUCUCACCACAAGAGUGGUUCUUCUUCCUUCGAGGGGCAGGGGGCAUGGAGAAGGAGAUAUCAGAGAAGCCGAGUGUUCCCUGGUUGUCUGAUUUUAUGUGGGAGACGUGUUGUGACCUUGGACAGAAAUUGCCCUGUUUCAGAGGCAUUAAGAAAGACAUUGUAUCAACGCCUGUUACUGUGCAACUAGGACGCUUGGAGAUAACGGUGAACCCGGAGCAGUGGGAUGGCUAUGUGACAGACCUCGCGCCGUACUCCGAGGACACACCCUCCGACCAGCAACCUGAGGUCAGAGGUCACUGGAACGAGCGCCUUGGAUCCUUUCAGAAACUCAUCCUGAUUAAGAGCUUCAGUGAAGAAAAGGUUGUGCAAGCUGUGACCGAAUUUGUGAUCGUCAGUUUGGGGAAGACAUUUGUGGAGAAUCCGCCAGUGGAUCUGGCAACCCUGUACGCAGACAUGUCUCCCUCCACACCGUUGGUGUUCAUCCUCAGCACUGGCUCCGAUCCCAUGGGGGCUUUCCAGAGAUUCGCCAAGGAGCGCGGAUGCCUGGAAAGCGUGGAGUCGAUCUCUCUGGGUCAGGGUCAGGGCCCGAUAGCGGAGAAGAUGAUACAUGAAGCUCAGAAAAAUGGGAACUGGAUUUUCCUGCAGAACUGCCACCUCGCUGUCUCCUGGAUGCUCUCCAUGGAAGAAAUCGUCAAGAGCUUCUCUCAGCCUGGCAUUUUAAAUCAUGAGAACUUCAGGCUGUUCCUGAGCUCAAUGCCUACCAGCGUCUUCCCCGUCACUGUGCUCCAAAACUCCGUCAAGGUGACUAAUGAGCCUCCAAAGGGCCUCCGUGCGAACGUGCGACGAGCUUUCACCGAAAUCAGCAGCUCGUUCUUUGAGGAUCAUAUCAUGGGCAGGCAGUGGGGGAAGAUCAUCUUUGGAAUGUGUUUCUUCCACGCCAUCAUUCAGGAGAGGAAGAAGUUUGGGCCUCUCGGCUGGAACAUCCCUUACGAGUUCAGCGACAGCGACAGGGAGUGCGCUCUGCUCAACCUGAACCUCUAUUGCAAGACAGGACACAUCCCCUGGGACGCUCUCACCUAUAUCACCGGAGACAUUACGUAUGGAGGGAGAGUAACAGAUGCUUGGGAUCAGCGCUGUUUGCGCACCAUUCUCAAAAGGUUCUUCUCGCCUGAGACUCUGAAUGAGGAAUACAAGUACUCAGAAUCAGGGGUCUACUUUGCUCCGGAGUCUGACAGCCUGACGGAGUAUAAAAGCUACAUUGAGAAUCUGCCGAUCACUGACGUUCCCGAGAUCUUUGGCAUGCAUGAGAACGCUAACUUGGCUUUCCAGCGUCAGGAGACAGCGACUCUGAUUAACACCAUCCUGGAGGUGCAGCCGCGGUCCACAGCAGCUGCUGGCGGGAAGAGUAACGACGAGGUGGUCAACGAGCUCGCAGACUCCAUCCUGAACAAGAUUCCGGAGAAACUUGAUAUGGACAUCGCUACAGAAUCCCUGUUUGUUCGAGACUCUAACGGCCGUGUGAACUCCCUGACCACUGUGCUGGGACAGGAAGUGGACCGUUUCAACUCCCUGCUGUGUGUGUUACGGACCUCCCUGUGUACCCUGCAGAAGGCCAUAGCUGGCUUGGUGGUGAUGUCUGAGGAGAUGGAGCGGAUCUACAACAGCUUCCUGAACAACCAGGUGCCGGAGCACUGGGCCAGUGCCGCGUACCCGUCUCUGAAGCCUCUGGGCAGCUGGGUCCGAGACCUAGCACUGCGUACCGCCUUCAUAGACAGCUGGAUAACCAGAGGUCAGCCAAGUUCUUUCUGGAUCUCGGGGUUCUUCUUCCCUCAGGGCUUUCUGACAGGCACGCUGCAGAACCACGCACGCAAAUACAACCUGCCCAUCGAUGAGCUCAACUUCCGCUUCAACGUGAUCCCAGCGUACCGAGACCAGGCCGUCAUCGCUGAAGCCUUGACGAACCUUGGACCAGACGCAGAACUCGAACAGGACCAAGAGCUCCCCGGCAUAGAGGACGGAGUGUUUGUGCACGGGAUGUUCAUGGACUCGAGUCGCUGGGACGAUGUGAACAUGGUGAUGGAAGAUGCGUUGCCGAGGGUGAUGAACCCCAUGCUGCCUGUGGUGCAGUUCGAGCCUCAGCAGAAUUACGUACCUGACCCGUCACUGUACCACGCACCGCUGUAUAAAACCUCAGCCAGAGCCGGAACUCUGUCCACGACAGGACACUCCACUAACUUUGUGGUGACGGUGAUGUUACCAUCCAGCAGACCGAGCGAUUACUGGAUCUCCAAAGCUUCAGCGCUGCUGUGCCAACUCAACGACUGA